AUGUCUUUUGGGGUAUGUACUUUUUGCAAUAAUUUAUUUUGUAGAUAUAAUCACCGUAUACAAGUACUUGAUCCUCAAGGACGUUUCCUGCGCGCAUUUGGCUCACAGGGCACUGCAGAUGGCAAAUUCAAUUAUCCUUGGGGCGUUACAACUGACGCACUCGGUUUCAUUUAUGUGUGUGAUAAGGAAAACCACAGAGUACAGGUUUUCCAAUCGGAUGGAUCCUUUGUUGGUAAAUUUGGUUCAUGCGGUCGCGGCGAAGGACAACUCGAACAUCCACACUACAUUGCUGUCUCGAAUACGAAUCGCGUUAUUGUGUCGGAUUCGAACAAUCAUAGAAUUCAGAUUUUUGAUGUCAAUGGUAAAGUGGUAACAACAUUUGGUGGUGAAGGUUCAGAUGAUGGUCAAUUUAAAUUUCCAAGAGGUGUUGCAGUGGAUGAGCAAGGAUAUAUAUUUGUUGCGGAUUCCGGCAAUAAUCGUAUACAAAUCUUCAACCCUGAUGGUAGUUUUCUUAAAACAUUUGGUUCUUGGGGUUCUGGAGAUUCAGAAUUUAAAGGUUUGGAAGGAGUUGCCAUUAUGUCAAAUGGUAACAUUUUAGUCUGCGAUCGUGAAAAUCAUCGUGUGCAAGUUUUUUAAUAAAAAUUCUGACUCAGCAAUUCUUAAUAAAAAUAUUUUUUUACAUUAAAUUGAUUUUAAUUAAAAAAUCUACAUCUAAUUGAAUAUUAUAGAUGUGAAGAGAAAUACAAGAGUCCUUUUAAAAUUUGUUUUGAUAUUGUAUAAUCAUUUGGACUUCUUAAUUAUGUAUGUAUGAUUCAGUUACCUAUUAAAUAUUUAU